AUGGCUAUGUAUGCACAAUAUUUGCGCGGGCGCAAGGCGCUACCGUUGGUGGUUAGAACCAUCAACAGCCGUACUAGACUGGUGGCACCGGCAGCUGCAUCAGACCGUUACGGGGCAGCUCGCAGCUCCAGCGGCAGCUCGGCAGGACUAGGACUGGGGUUAGGUUUAGCCCUGACCCUUGCCGCGUGGGAUGACCGUAGUACCUGCGACGGAGAGAAAAUCGUCUGGGUGGAUGCUCACGGAAAGAAGGUGGCGGUUCACCAAAAAGGACGACCGCAUUCCCCCGAAGAGGCGGGCCAAUCAGAGCUCUCCAAGCCGGACAGGUACUUUCCGUACGUGAUUCUGGGGUACGGGGUGGCAGGAAGAGCCGCCCUCGCCGCCCUUCUAGAGCGCGACCCUUUGGCCAAGGUGCUGGUGGUGGAUGCUCGUGCGGACGCAAGACUAAACGCUCCCAACUUUCGUACGGACAGCAGAGGUGGUGGUGGCGGUGGCGGCAUAACAUCAGCGUGGAUGUUGAGGAGGGGAACCGCCGCUGCUUCUUCGGCGGGUGCAGGGGUUAAGUUCGCAGCAGGGGCGAGGGCGAUCGCCCUCAACGCCGACCUUGGACAGGCUUUGGAGCUGGCGUGCUGGAUCCAGGAAGGGCGAAGCGGUGCUGCUGCUGCUGCGGCGGCGGCGGCAGACAAAGGGUCCGGGGGAGGUGCGGGAACCUGCCGCAUGGUGUUCUCCGACUACGCCCCUCUCGACCACAUCCUGCCCCGUUACCUCUCGGUUGCCCUCCUGCGCCGCCUAAACCGAAAGCACAUAAAGACCGUGGGACACAGCUCGUUGCGGUGGGUGGGACCCGCGAACCAGCGAGCUUUCACUCCGCCGCCACCUCCACCGUCGGAGCUGGAUUCCGGACCCUUGACGAUAGACGGGGGCCCCGCGGAUGAGAUAGACGGCGAAGUUCCCGCUGCGGGACCGGGACCUGUCGUGUUACCGCGGACUUUGUCCGCCACAGGAGCAAGCACACACGAAGAAGAAGCAGCAAAGGGGGAUGCGAGCUCGUCUCAGCAGCAGCAGAGACGGCAGCGGCGGCUGCAGGUGAUGACCGCGCACUCAUUCGACCACCUCGACACGGCCACCCACUCCACGGACACGGUCGUGCUCGCCGGCGUGGACGUGGCCCCCUUGGACGUCACCCUCGACCUCCACGGCACCGACCGCGGCGGGAGCGGAGACCGUUUCGGCAGGAAGGCCGCUGCCCUAGAGGUGGACAGAAGGCGGGGCGCGGUCGUCGUGAACGCGGAGCUGGCCGCGUCUUCGCGAGUCUGGGUGGCCGGCGACGCGGCCUGCUUCCCUUCCCAGGCGCACGGCGGGCGGCGCCUCGUGAUCCGAUCGGCCGACCACGCUCUCCACAGCGGGAGACUCGCCGGGGAGAACAUGGCAGUGGCGUCGGGGGCUGCAAGGGCUGGGGUUGGGGGCAAUGAGGGGGGUCGGAGAUAUCGACACACCCCAGCGUUUGUCGGGGAGGCGCCCUUGGCGGGGGUUAGGGUCGCCAUGCUCGGGGAGUGCGACGCGUCUAUGCCGACCCAUGGCUUCUGGUGGACCAACAGUGCGACCGGGCUAUCAAGAAAAAACACGGUCGCCCCCGGCGGCAGCAGCAAACGGCGUGACGCCUCAAACAGGCGUCGCACGUUCACCAAACGCAGCACACGAGGUGGUGCCGCCGCCGCCGCCACCGCCGCCGCCGGCACACGACGACGCGCCACCGACCACCCGGAAGACGGGCACCAAGAGGAGGAGGAAGAGGACGAGCACGGCGGGGUUACCCUGGUCAAGGGGGCGAUGCUCUGGGGUUUCCCUGGCGAAGCGACGGCGGCGGCGGCUGCGGCGGCGAUUGGUGGACCGGCGGCAGCCCCGGGGGUUUCCGUGGAAGGAGGGAUGGGGGAAGGCGGAGGUUCGCCGACACCGGCAGCGGAUGCGGCCGCGGGAAUCUCGGCCCGCGCUCUCGAUCUGCUGAGGACGAUCAUGGAGCGGAGCUCCAACAUGGAGGCGGACUUGUCCAACGAGAGAGUGGUGCAGGCGUGGCUUCAGGGAUUGUCGGACGCGGCCAGGGUGGUCGCGCAGGAGACGGGCGUCGGGCACCUUGCCCCCAUGAGAAGAUCUGUGGCAGGCAGAGUCACCUCGUCUACUCGAAGACCACCCGGCACGAGGGACGAGUUGAUGUACCAGAACACCUCCAAGACCAGCAGCGAGCAGCGCCGCCUGAGGGCUGCCUACGCGGCGCGAAUCAGGGGCGUGUCGCCGGCAGACUUGCCACACUUUGGAGCCAGCGGGGCGGAGGCCGGAUUCGACCCGGAAAUGAUGGGCUUCUUGUCGUACGGCGAUGUCGACGAAGACUUUUUUGACACAGGGGGAGGGGAAACCGACUCCAAUCCUUGACCCUCGAUCGACUGCUGCUGUCGAUCCAGUACAUUGGAAGCACACGCAGUACGCGCAUUGGCCCCAUUUGUUUAUUUUCUGCUCGUGAGCAGCGGUGGUCGAUCUGCAACACCCUCGUCUUUUUGUUCUCGAGUUUGUUCUUUCUUCUUUCUUUUGAUUGCGUCGAUUCUGGAACUCUGGGUGGUCUGAACGCUGUUCGGUGUGUGCGCACAAGCCAAUAUCACACCGCAGGGGUCCUGUUUCCGGCCGACUAGGUCAUAUUGUGCUUCAGAACCAUCGCCAG